GUUCCAUGAAAGGAAAGUAUCAGGAGUUUAUUAGGUGUGAAGUAGAGUGAGGGAGCAGAGCACAGGCUGGACAUCUUCCUACUCCUCCUUCUCCAGAGACCAUGAGGCAGACCUUCAGCUAGGAGGACCUGGCUGGCACAGCUUCUCACACCCCAGCCAGUUCCUGCUUUCCCUGGCAGCUUGACCAUCCUUGGACUUGGGACAGUUUUACUUCGUCUGACUCAGCUCUACUCCUGGUCAUCUUUUCAUAACUGGAAUAGAAUGUGUUUUCCUUCCUUUGGGUGUUAGGAUCCAAAACAAACUACAUAACAAGAAGUCUUCUGUAGAUCAGUCCCUCUCCUUUGGGGGAAGUGGGGAGGGGGGGCACUGGUCUCCUUGGACAAUAUCCAUCCAGGGACCUGGGACAGCUCCUCUCCUGUGAUCCAAGAGAGUCUCCUAAAUAAGCACGCAUUUUAUGGCCCCUUAUCCCCUCACCAUGAAUCCAGACCGAGAAGGGUCCCCGGGGCCAAACCCCAAACAGCCUGAGGCCAGCAAGACUGAGCUGCCUGUGGCCAGCACUCCAGAGGUGACCAGUGAAUGGAAGGGCCCACCAUUGAACUUCAGUGUGGAGUCCCUGAUCUCUGACAGGAAGCCAGGCAAGGUGCAGGCUCCAGACAAUGUGAGUGAUUCAGAGCCUCAUCGGUCCCCUGCUCACACCAGGACUCUGAAUGCUGAGAACACAUUUCCAUCCCUGGAGGGGCUUCCUCAGGCAGGGGAAAGGUGCAAGCAGGACACGGAUAGUCUGGCAGAGAAGGGCAGCAGCACCUGGUACCAGAGCCCACCUUACUCCUCACCCUCAAGUAAGUAGAACAAGGGGCAUGAUAUACUCGUACAAAGAAGAUACCCAUUCCUUGUCUUAUGACAGUGGACUUAUCAGAAUACUGCUGGUCUGGUAUUGCAUGUAAAGGCACUUGGUUUUAUCAGAAGAAGCCUAGGGUGUCUUUCAUAGCAUAGCUCACUAUUCAUCAUCGAUUUUUAAAAUCUUCAAUAUGUAAAACUAUCAGUAGUUGUAUUUAGCAAUUAUCAUCUGUUGCCACCGCUGCUGUGUGGCCAUUCCAUGACUCAACUACCAAUUUUGUAGAAUUACAUUCUUCUCACAUUCUUCUUGUCCACCCUAAAACAGGUCUCAUACUGUCUGGGAGAUUUAAUCUAUGUGUAUACACUUUGUAACACCAUAGUCCAUCAUAAUAUUAAUAUUAUUAGUUCAUUAUACAUUUUAUACAUUCAUAUAUUGUUGGCUAUUUAUCUUCAAAGAAUAACAAAGAAAGGACACACUUCAAGCAUAGCUCUUACUAUAUAAUUAGCUACAUACACUGUCAUAACCAUAACAAAAUAUGAAAAACGAAUUGUACAAUCUCCAGUAUUUUAAUGAUAAGCUUGCAAUCCGUAUUUUACUUAUUCUUUUCAUACUGAAAUUUAAAAACAAAUUCAAUUCAGAAAUAACCUAUAAAGGAUAGUUUGGGGAUAGAUGCACUAGCUGCGGAUGCAAUCUAAUUUAUAUUGUUUUAGGAGUAUUAUAUAAAAUAUUACUAAUGCAGGGAUAUAUAUAUAUACAUAGUAAGUUAUUCAACAUGUGACCACACGACGAUUACAGUAUCGAAGUUAUAAUAAAAAGUAAAUAAAGUUUAUUACCUUUUUUAUUUCAUGUAAUGCAGACGCACAAAUGGGAUUUAUAUGUCUGUCUGCAGUAAGGCUGAGUCCAAAUAUGUUCCAAGUCUUGUUUAAUCUAUAUAGAAUUAAGAUAAAGAGGAUUGCAGAUUCAUGAUCAUGUGUGCGAUGUCCUGGGAUAUAGUGAAUAUAUUGUGUACUUGGGACCUAAGCUUUGUCUAAAGAAUAUUACUCAAUAUUAUAUAAAAGCUUACAAUGAAUGUAUCUUUCCUGGUUAAAUACGUUGUAUUAUUAUUAUUAUUAUUAUUAUUAAUAUUAGAUUGUAACUCUCUAACUGCAUUGUACAGCGCUGCAGAACUUGCUGGCGCUAUAUAAAUAAUAAAAUAAUAAAUAUACACACACACAUUAAAAACACGAUAUUGUUUCGAUAGAGAUCAUUGUUUGUAAUUAAAAAGUUCGUAGUUUAUUCUCCGGGAAUGUAUUUACAUUAUAUUAAAUACACCUAAAUUUAAAAAAAAAAAAAAAAAUUAACAUAUACAUAAAUAAAUAAAAUUCUUAAAAUGAAAAAAAAAAAAAUCACCAAUAUUAGAUAGAUUUCAAGCCAUGAAACAUCCGACUUCCUAAACUGGACAGAAAUGGGAAAAAUACCUCACAGUAAAAAAAUUUGUUUCUGUUUGUUGUCAUUUUCUUUUUAAUAAGUUUGUUGUUUUGAACUACAUUUUGCAAGUUGUAGAGUAGAUCUAUAGGGCAAUCGUGUUUUUAAUCUAAAGAACAUUUCUUAAUGAGCCACAUCUGUAUCGCCUGCUAAAUAAUGUUUGUUUAGCACUAAACAGGAGCCCAAACAUAGUCAUAGAUUAUGAAACUGAACAUGGUUAGAUCUAGGCCAUUCUGUUUUUUUUUAAUGGGGAACUUUACAGCUGGUGUUAAGUCGAAUUUUGCAAACAUUUACAUGCGUUACAGGAGCUAAAGGGUUAACCGAUCACAUAUAUCGUUAAUGAGUCAAUAAAAUUCUCACUAUUUUAUUUAAUAUUUUUAAAAAAGGCAAAAAAAAAUUAAAUAAAUGUUUUUAUUUAGUAAACUGCUACUGAGUAUCUCCUGACUAUUGGUGCAUCAAAGAAAAUGUUUUUCAGUGGAGAUAAUUCGAUUUAAGAUCAAAGGACAUCUCUUUCUGAAUAUUUAAUUUCAUUCCCCUUCAUGCUGACAAACAAGAGGUCUUUAUGUCUAUAUUUAUAUUAUUUUAAUAAGAUUCAACUGAACACAGUGUCUGGUUUGGGGGAUAGAGGGCCAGCAGCUUAAAAGUCACAUUGAUUUCAAAUCUAAAUAUAAAACAACUUCUAAAUGUUAUAUAACUACAAAUAACACAGUUAAUCUAUGUAAACAUUUGCUAUCAUUGAAUGUUAUGUACAGUAUUUAUAGCUUCCUAUCAGUGAAGUAUGAAGAACAUCAGAUAUGCUUUUAAUAACAGUAAUCCAAUUGGCAUUUAUAUUUUGUGUGUUUCUUUGUAAAACUUUUUUUUUUUUUUCACUAAACACAUUAUAUUAUAGUAAAUUAUUGUAAACCUAAUUGCUAAAUUUAGGCAAAAACAGCCCAUGUGUGACUAGAAUUUGUUUGUUUUUUUCUCCAAAUCACGCUUUUUAGCCUAAAUUUUGCAAUUCCAUUUUCAAUUCACUACAAAUCACAGUGUUAUUCACCAAAGUGAGAAUUCAAAGCGGAUUUCAAAUUUUAGGCCAAAGUAGCCAAACUUGUAAAGUAUAGUAGUCUUACAGAAUUUUUCUAAUUUGACUACUUUGGCCUACAAUUUGAAAUUUACUUUGAAUCCUCAUCAAGCAGAUAAUUUGACAAAUUAAAUCCGAAUGGCAAAACUAAAGCUAAAUAUCCGAGCUGAGUUCUAGAAUUUUUCCAAAUCAGCUACUUUCACCUCAGUUAUGCCAUUUGCAUUUAAUUUGCUGAAAUUCAAAGUUUAGUGAAUAAGUUACUGAAGUAAGCAAAGGAUGAUGGGAAUACUAUUCAACCAACUACUGAGCCUCAAAUGAGUAAAAUAUAUAUAAUUUUACCAAGUAGAUUUACAUUUUAGAGAAUAUUUAUUAUUCAUUAUUGUUACUAUAUACAUAGCGCUAACAUAUACCACAGCACUUUACGAUUAUACAAUGGGGAUACAUAGCAGCAAAUAAUUGACAGACAAAAUAAAAUGAGAUUAGAUGACCACGCUUAUAGACGCUUACAAUGAAUGUAUCCUUCCUGGUUAAAUACGUUGUUAUAUUAUUAUUAUUAUUAGAUUGUAAAUCUCUAACUACAUUGUACAGCGCCGCAGAACUUGCUGGCGCUAUAUAAAUAAUAAAAUAAUAAUGAUAAAAUAAAACACGUUGCUCUGGCUAUUGUAUCAGUUGUGCAGCAGGCAAAGGGUUAACUCCCCUAAAGUGUGGCCUAUUAAGGGUAUCCCAGUAGAGGAAAUUCAAACACGGGCUAUGGGAUAAACAUACUGCUAGCCUAAGCAUUGAAAAGGCCAGGGAUCAAAUGGACUCUGAGGGUUUGCACAAAGCCUAAAAUGAACCUGUUAAGAUUUUUAGACCUGUUUCAUUUUCUACCUGCUUCUAGUUACCAUUUAAAAAAAAAUUAUUAAAAAAUAAUAAUAAUAAUGUGGAGGAAAAUAAAAAAGUUUAGUGGAGUUACGCAUAGUAUCGUAUUCUAAUUUUGUUGUCUAAUUUGUAUUCAACUUGUCAGUAAAUUGAAAUAAAAAAAAUAAUACAAUAAGGCAGAGUUUGGGGUAUGAUGGCGAGCGGACGUUACGGUUUGAAAUUAGUUUUGGGAUAGGAGGGAGGUGGGGGGACAAGGGAUGCCUUGGGGCCUAGGACACCACAUGAAUCUUCCACAAUCAAUUCUCUCUGCUUCAUGCUGUUCUGGUUUUGCUUGUUACAUAAAAGUGGUUUGAAAAGGAGCUGCAUUUCACUGCCCCUCUCUGCCAGAUCAAACUGACCUGUAUUCAGUUCAUAACCCUUAGAGCUAUGUCCAGAUUUUUACUUUGAUCUUGUGGAAGCGAAACCCAGAUUUGCAAUAUAUAUUUAAAGGAACAGUAAUGCUCAGAAAUUAGAAAAGUCACAAGUACCUUUCAAUACUUUAUACAUUAAUGUCCUAUCUUUAACAUUUCCCCCAUUUGAAAAACAAAUAAAAUACUUGUAGAAUCGAAUGGUCCAGUCAUGUAUAGUAUAUAUAGUAUUUGUUUGUUGACAUUGAAAGAUUAUAUUUAAUUUAGAAAUUGUUGUUAGUUUUUAUUUGUGAUUCAGUUGCUUGGAGUUAGUUCUGACAAAAUAUUUAUGUUUUAUUAGUUUUUAUCUAUUUUAAGGCCCAGUAUAUUAAUCAGUGCAAGCUAGAGUCGCAGUAUACUCUAUACACAAUGUAAAAGUAAAAUAUAAAACCGUUUAGACGACACAUAUUUAAAAACUCAUUCACAUGAAAAAGUUCCUGGCUUGAAAAUACAUACACAGGGUUUGUUCACUAAACGUUGAAUUGCACGGAACCGAAAAUCAAAAGGAAAAUGUAAGACAGUUUUCUGGAAAGGGUGAUAGACAAGGAAGGGAAGCUGGUAGAAUGGUAUAUCGAAAGUAAAGUCCUGUAGGCAGCAGCAAGAGGAGAAGUUAAGGUAGAGGUGUAGAUUCCGGGUAGAAUGAGGGGGGAGACUAGGAUAUAAUUUGGAGAUUAGAGAAGGAAUAUAAUAAGGAGCAGCAUUAUUCAAGCAAUUAUUGGUUAGUGGGAAUAUAAUGUAAUAUGCGACUGCUUCCCUUGUUCAUAAAGCACCAACCUAUUCUACAGAGCUGUACAAUGGGUGGACGAGACAUGCAAGAAAUGACAAGUUUAGCUUAUAUGAAGAGAUGAACAGAGCCAUGCUUAAAGGAGCUCAUAUAUCUACAGCUCAGAUAUACAUGGUUUAAUAAUGAGAUAAAUAGUGCUGUUUUACAUGUGGUGUUAAUGACCACUCUGUAACAGAAAGAUUCUCAUAAAGGGAAGUCUUAUAUACGGCAGAGGCUGGUCCAUAGGGGCAGUUUGUGUUGUAAGAAUGAAAAAUUAUUUUGGUGUGAUAAGGACAAAUGUUGAACUUGUGUAAAACAUGUCGCAUUUGUUAUGAUUCAUUUUGCAGAGUACGCCCCUCUUUCUUGAUGGCUAGUGUUGCCGCAUUAGGACAUGUUAAAAAAAUCGCCAUGUUUUCAAGCUACACAUCCCAGACAUGUUUUGUGUACUCUAGCAGGAUUUCUGACAUCACCUAUUGGCUUUGUAGUGGUCCAUCAGAUCAUGUGCACCGUAGAAUAUAGGCUAGUGCAGAGAUAGGCAACCUUCGACACUCCAGAUGUUGUGGACUACAUCCCCCAUCAUGCUCUUACACCCAUAAUGCUGGCAAAGCAUCAUGGGAGGUGUAGUCCAAAACAUCUGCAGUGCCGAAGGUUGCCUAUGCCUGAGCUAGUGUAUUGUAAAUUCAGUAAUAAGGCUUUCACUGGGUAACAGUAUCUGGCAAUGUAGUUUCUGUUUAUGUAAUACAUGUAGCUGAAGGUUUAUGGUGUUGAACAAGGCAUGACAUCUCAUUGGGUCACCAGUUAACUACAUGAGUUUAAGUGGGCAGAGUCAAAGUUCGAAAAUGUAGCUAGUGCAGUACCAUCUUGAUACUUCAACAGCCAAUACUGCAUAUAUAAUUAUAUAAAUUAACUUGCUUUGUUCCAAGGACAGCCUUUGCUGCCACAAUAUUACAAUAUUCCUAGACCAUACAUUUACAUGGAGUUUACAACAUGUUUCGUAAUAAUAGGGCUAUAAAGUACAGCUAAUGCACAAUAAGAUGAAAGUUCCAUGUUUGCAACAGGUCUGCAUGGCCCACAUUGUGAUAACGGUCAGAGCAGUAAAGGGUAAUUAGAUCAGUGAUAGCACUGAAUGGAACUUUUUCAAAUUCUGAAAAAAGUCUGCUAUUACCACAUCUCUAUUACUUCAAUUUUAGCAUGCCUAAAAAUUAAAUAAAAAAAACAAAAAUAAAACAUACACCUCACAUGUUUAAGGAUGGUUAGACUACACUUAACAUGGUUUACAUUAGGGUGAAAUAUGUCACGAUUACAUGCCAGUACCAAAAGAUAACUGUAUGGUAAGUCAUAUGUGUACAGAUAUAGUACAAAUAAACUAUACUAACACUCAUUAAUCACUUAACAAAUCAAACAAGAUAAUCCAGCAAAAUUAGCAAAUAACAUAUAACAAGCUAUGUUUUUAGUGCACCUAUUAUAGAAUUACUUGGUCUUAUUAGGCAGCAUAAAUUCUACAAAACUUUCCAUGGUUUAAUGAUUAUAAUCACUUAAAUAAGUUGUUUAUAUGCCUGCAUAGGAAUGUUUCCAGUAUAAAUGUUAGUGAAUUACUGAUAACAGCAAGAGUAGAUCUCCAAAACUAAACCUUUUAUUGCCCUGUGUCCAUCUAUAGAUUGCAUUAGAGGUCAUUUGUACCAAGGUGCCUCCCUAACUACCAUACAAGAGCACGUAUUGUGUUUGCAGAUUGUACUGAGGUUGUCUUUAAACAGGUAACAAAGUUAGUUCAAAGUUAAUAUUGUGAUCCUGAGGAAAGUCCCUGAAUGGGACUGAAAUGUUGAUUUUUCUUUUAACGAUGUUGAAAUAAAAUUUGGAUUUUACUAAGGACCAAGAGUGCAACCAUCUUCAUACAAUAUAUAUAUAUAUAUACCCACACACAUAAACAAUCGUAAUAACAUCAUAAUAAUUACAGUUAGAUAUAUUUAAAUGAAAUGCGUAUGUACUGUUAAUAAUCCUUGAUUUACAAUGCACACUGAUGUUUAACUGUAAACCGUUUACAGUUUUAUGCCUUAUAAAACUUAAUCCACCCAUUGUCUUUUCCAGAGGACAAAGGGUAAUUGCUCACAGCACUGCCACCCUUGGGUCUCACAUAUAUCCCACUGCCCACAAACUGUCUCUGUAAUAAAUAUUGAGGUGUGAAUUGAUGGAAAUUCACAGUGAAUUCAAAGUGAAUUUAAAAUUUAAAUCCAAAAUAGAAAAAUUUAAGGCAUUGCUAAUUCAGAGAUUUUUGGUAUUUUUUUUUUCAAUUUUGAUACUAAAUUUGAAUUCACUUUGACAAUUUAAACUUUAGUGAAAAGUAAUAUUAUUGUGUAUCAGAAAUUAAAAAAAAAUAGAUUUCAAUCUCUUAAAGAACAUUAAAAAGCAUGCAAUCUGUUUUAGAUCACAGUCUGCCCAACAAACCUCAUGAUCAAUAAAAAGCUGUGUCUCAGUGGUUCGUACGGGGACUUAAUAGCAUUAAAUCUAGCCCCGUUAUAUCUUUCUUUGAAGAAAGAAAAGCUACAAUACCAAUAAAUCACAGCACCAAUUUGUUGGUUCCCAUAGAUUCGACUUUAAGAAAGACAUCUGUCUCUUCCACAUGCUCUUUAAACUUGUACAAGCCUGUAGAUUUCUGAUUUGAUCAACCUAUAACAGCCUUUGAAUAUAUUCUGUCACUUCUUUUUAAGAUAUUCUCAUUUUGUAUAUAUUUUUUAAACGUGGCGUUGACUUUGAUUGUAAGCAAACGUUAUUAUGAACAAAAAUAUCAAUCAGAUAUAUAUGUUGUCCUAUUAUGUGCUGACAAUCUUCAUAGGUUCAAAUCCCAGCAGGGUUGACUCAGCCCUUCAUCCUUCCGAGGUAGAUAAAAUGGGUACUGUUAAAUUGGGUAAUAGUAACAACCCCUGGAUGUUGGGCUAAGGUAACAUCCCUCAGGACGUACUUGAAUAUUAGAGUAAUCUGAAUGUACCUUUCCUCGAUAAAUACUUUGUUAUUAUUAUGUUACGAUGUACAGACUAUUAAAAUUUCUAGACCCUUGCAACUCACAAUCUUAAUUUUCAUAUCUGCGUUAUUGGGUGAAAGACGUGACCAUACAAGAUCACAUAAAUAUUUCUCUGCCUUAAACUUUACAGUUUCAAACCAGUUACUGGACAGCCCUAUAAAGUCUCAUAAACGUCUGUUAAUAUAAUUUUUAGUUUAGCAAAUAAAGUUCAGCAGUAUUGCAAAAUACCCUCUAAUAAAUAUAUUUGAUCUCCUAUUAGUCAUUAUUCCCAUAGCAUGUUCUGAAAGGGUUUACUGUAUACUCACACACUGCAAGAGAAGACUCUGCACACUCACUACUUAAAUAGAAUGCUAAAUGGGACUCUCUAUUUGGUUAAGGCUACAGUCAAUUAUCGUGACCCCCCUCUACAGACAGCUGGAAAGGGGCUGCAUUGGUUAGAAAACAUUGACCAAAUAAAGAAAAACAAUUGCAUUUUCAAUGGAUUCAAGCCUCAUUUGAGUAUCCUUUAAAAAAAAAAAAAGGUAGCUCAAUGUUUUUCGUGUCCCUUAACUAAGAUUUGAAAAGUCGCCCUCACUAACACCACGAUUGAUGGACUUAAUAACUCCCAAACUAAAGAAAGCAGAACAUAUUUGUGUAUAUUGUUGAUUUUUAUUGUGUACUCUAUUAAGCCAUUGUUUAUUUGGUUACACUAGCUAAGUAUGCUAAUAUACAUAGAACACAAUCUAUGCUAAUAUGCUACAACGCUACUAUGCUAAUAUUCAUAUGGACAUUUAUUUUAUUUUUAUUCAGGUCAGUUUAACAUUUCAAAUCCUAGACUGUUAGAUCUUGAAUGUUACUUGCCACUGGAAGCCUAAAGUGUCCAUUGAUACAUUUGCCACUGGUGAAUUUCUACGUGGCAGAGCUAAAUUGUUACUUACCAAUAGUGAUGAGUUUAAAUUUUAAGCCCUGCAAAAGACUGUGAAUCAGGAAAUACAUAUCACAAAACUAAGAAAAAGUCAAUAGCAAUAAUAAGCGCUCAACUAUUUCUAUAAAUGAAGUAAGCAAAGAAAGAGACAUGACACAACCCAACACACAUUAGUAACAAAACAGCUACGUAUGAACGACUGAAUGAACAGAUAUCCGGGGCAGAAUAAAGAGUCAUAUGAAAAACAAAAACAUAUAUGAAAAACGCAAACAAGUUUAAAUGGAGCUUUUGAAAUGCAUAUAACAACACAAAAACAGAUGUAUGAUCAUCUAUAUACUGAGGCUUGUAAACUAAAUCCACUAAGCACUGCAACAACGGAAACCAGACAGCAAUCCAGUCCCUCUGUGAUGCAAUACAGUGAUGGUAAGCAAACGUUCUCAAACAGGGUUAAGCAGACAGACUGGGACAAAUGGAACAUAUUUUGGACAUCCUAGUUGGGAUAUCCCUUGAUUUGUAGUCAGCAUGGAGGCCUGCGUAACGGAGGCCAAUUACAAAGCUGAUGACAGUCUGUCCAGUUGAUUAUAUAUUCAACUAGUAAUGUGCAGGGGCUAUCCCAAUCAGUAUGUUGUCACAGCAUUUCCUGUGUAGUCACCUGUUUAAAAGGUUUAACCGGGAAAGAUUGUGGAAGUCUUUAUCUCUUUUUUAAAACAAUGAUUUAACCAUGCAGAUCUGGAAAACCAGUAUAAUAUCCAUUGGAAAUGACUGCCAUACACAUGAGGGUUUUGGAGAUCCAUGUGGUUCAUAUUCACGGCUAUGGCAAUACAUUGCUUCUGUCAAUGGAAUAUUGGAUGUGUCUUGCUUAUUGCAUACUUAUGACACUUGGCACAUCCAGUCAGCAUGAUGAGGACGUCCUUAACCACUGCUCAUUUUGUGGUAAACAUGGUAAAUAUGUCUUAAGGUUCACUAUCGGGGUUAUUAACUGAAGUAAGAAUUGCUGGAAAUUCAAAGUAAUUUGGAAAUUUAUGGCCAAAAUAGCUGAACUGGAAAUACAGCUGAAAAUCACUUUGAUCUCACUUUUGGAUUUCUGGAUGAUAGAAUGACAUCAGAGUCCACAAAGCUGAAGUAAACCAUAUUGGGCCUGUUGUUCUUUGGCCAGGGAUAUUAAAAUGUGUCCAAGCCACAGUUCGCUAUGCCGUAAAAUAAAUACUGACUGUGGACAUCAAGACCAGGGAUUCUUUAGUCAUCCAGGGAUCACUAGGCCACAAGACUACCUGUAUUCAAACCCUACUGAGGUUAGUGUUCUAAGUCAGCAGACAGGUCAAUGGUUGCUGCAGUCCUGUUCGUGGUGUGGUUCUUUCUAUCAUUCAAUGACAUCAAUGGAAGGAACGAGUUUCUUCUACAGAGAGGAACUUUCUAGGUUGGAAUAUGGACAGCACACUGAGUUUGUGAUAUCAGAGACUGACUGUCUGUGUAUCAUGACAGAUCACCCUUCAAAAUGUUUUUUACUUAACCAUAUUGCCCCAAAUGUAUCCCAUCACAGUGGCUGCAAUAGUCAAAAUAUAUUUAUAUUUUAAUUAGAAAUGUAUCCAUAGUUAGUAACUACAUCCCAAUUUCUAUAUGUCUCAGAGGAAACAUAAAAAAAUGACAGUAAGUGAUGUAAAAACCCCAAACUGAAUUAAUUGAUGACUGGUGACUGGUCUGCCUUUAGGGAAGGAACUGAAUGACUCUUCUCAUGGAAAGUUUUAUAAAAUUGACAUUGAGAUGGUCCCAAAGGGAUAUUAUCCCACGGACAAGCUCUUAAGCUGUGUUCCUUCUUACUCUAUCUUGUUUCAGACAUCCUUUAGGACAUAUUUGCUAAAUAGUUAGAUGUGAAAACUUAAUAACUAUAUUGCAAAAUUUACUCCAAACCGGGACAGCUGGAAAAACCCCAAUGUUGAUUAACUUACUCUAUCUUGUUUCAGACAUCCUUUAGGACAUAUUUGCUAAAUAGUUAGAUGUGAAAACUUAAUAACUAUAUUGCAAAAUUUACUCCAAACCGGGACAGCUGGAAAAACCCCAAUGUUGAUUAACUGGAGAUGCGAGAUUUGUUGUUUCCGAAGUAUAUCUAUGUAACUAUGUAACUAUGUAACUAUAUCGGUAUAAAAAUUGUCAGGGAUGAACGCGGCUUCUUUAACAGUGUAUGAGUACUCAUUCUUUCUUAUUGACCGUCGUAGAACGAAUACAAGUUCACUUUUAACUUUAUAUACAAGCCGCCAUAAUAUGACAUACUCUAUAAAAGUUUUCUAUGUCAAUUCUAUGUUUUUUUUCAAAGUGAUAAUUAAAACAAAUCUGCAAAUAUGAACAUAUUAUUAAACAUUAUUAAACAAAUAAGGAAAAAAAAAAGCAACUUUAGGUUUGCCAGAAGAAUAAUUUAUGAUUGUAAGCUUGUUUUAACAAGGUCCUCACUAUCCUGCCAUCCCUCUUAUUAUUUGAAAUAGUUUGUUUCUUAUUUGUUGCCACUUUAUAACAUUUUAAAGCACUACAUAUAUAGAAUAUACGCUGCAUAAAUUAGAAUAAUAAUACUGGCAAAAUAUUGGGCUGAUUUCUAAUAAUGUUAUUUUAUCUAUAAGGAUGUAUACAGUAAAUGUCUGUGUAUAAAAGACAGUUGAUAAAUGCUACAAACAGCAAAAUCAAACAUCAAGACCAUUUGACCUGAAAAACCCAUCUUGGAGUACCUAAUUGGCUUGGCUUUCAGUUUAGGGUCAAAGUGAAAUUUAUGUGGAUAUUAUACGUAUUAUUAAUAUGUACAGUAUUUACUAGAAUCUAAUGUGCCAUCAAAUCAUUGUAAUGCGAAUUUAAAUUCUGAAACCUGGAAGCCAAUAAAUGUUUUCGCUGGCGAAAGUAGAUACUACUAUACAGCAUAUUGAUCAAUCAGCCAGGGCUGCCCUUUGACCGGAGGGAAAUUUGCAGGGGCAUAAUUAGCAUUUGCAUUGCAACAAAGAUACGACGUACAACUUUAUUGUACACAGAAACCAAGUCACACAUCCCUGUUGCAGCGGUGCAAAUGCAAAUGUUGCCCUGGUGAAUUCAAGGUGUAUAUCCGUCGUAUUUAAUGCGCCGUUCAUAUCCAGAUCUAAUGGGCCAUUGAAUCUAAUACUCAUUCACAUUUUGGAGACUUUAUUUUGCCAAUGAAGGAGUCGAGCACAUACAGUAUAUCAUGUUAUCUCUCUUAUUAACCAUACUGAUUCAAUCAGGUUAUGUUAGUUGCUUGCAAAUAUGCUACUUUGCAACUAAUUCCCACAUACAUCUGUCUUGUUGUUGUACAAACCAGAUUUGGACCUUGGUGAUAAGGUCUUCAUAUAUCUCUAUAUAUCUGUUAUGCAGUUCAAAUAAACAAAAGUGUGUGAAUGUGUUACAGAAAAUACAUGGUAUUCUGGGUUGGUCUGUCUGCUCUGUCUGUGGAAUGUAUGGUAUUUGGGCAAUGGUAAUGUCUGCUGGAUAAGAAGCCAUUAUUUUAGGGGCAUGGCAAUCAGCAGGAUCUAAACGCUAAGGUUAGGUUUAGGAUCGAAUCACUCCAAGAAGCUAUUGUUUUUACAUAUUUUCCUAAUUUAUUAAUUCAAUAAACUGUAACUUACUAGCCAGAAAAAUGAAAACAUAAACAGAGAGACAGACUGGUGCUAUCAACUAAUGAUUCAGUUAUUAUAAUGAUUUGCCUGGGUUCUGCCUCUUAGCCAGGAAUUAAAAAACAGUAAUUGGAGAAGACCUCUCCAAUUGAUUUCAAAUACAGAAGGCAAGUAAAGCAACUCUGAGUGUUCCAUGUUCAGACACUGAAACAUUAAAAGAACACUACAAAUAAAAAUAAUAAUUUAUAUAUAUAUAUAUAUAUAUAUAUAUAUUUAACUGUAGUGCUCCUUGAACUUUUGGAAGUCAUUGAAAUCUUUGCAGAUUUCUUUUGAAAACACCACUUUUAUAAAAUAAGCCUGCGGUAUAUGCAGUUAACUUCUAAAGCACUUUUUGGAACUAAAGCAGCCAUGGCGGACCUAUGGCACGCGUGCCACAGCUGUGGGCAUGCAGCCAUAGGUUGCCAGGGGGCACCAUAUUUGAGUAGUGUGGCCAGGCGGCGAGGAUCGCGGUUACAGGAACUUCAGUUUCCUGUACACGGCCGGACUGAAAGGAAGUGCUCAGUAAGCACUUCCUUUCAGUCCGGCCGGGUGCAGGAAACAUAAGCUCCUGUACAGCCACUGAGGACAGGAGGGGAAAGGAGAGCACUAAGGGUGUCUGUGUAUCUGUAAAUGUCUGUGUAUCUGUGAGUAUGUGUGUGUCAGUGUGUGUGUAUCUGUGAGUGUCUGUGUAUCUGUGAGUGUCAGUGUGUAUAAUUGCCGUGUUUAAUUGCUGUGUUCGCACUUUGAGGGAUAUAAGUUUGUAUUGCGGUUUGGGCACUCAGGCUCAAAAAUGUUUGCCAUUACCGAACUAGAGUGUUAAGUGUGAUAAAAUGCAUCAAUACCUAUAUUUCAUAUAUGGCUAAGAAGACCAUGACUAAUUUCUAGGUUUUUGAAGGUAUAUAUUGUAAAAAAAUAUAUAUAUGUUUAUAUAAUUUUAGGUUAAAGACAGUAGGGUAACAAAGAGGGUUGUAGAGGAACCCCUUUUUCUUGUGAUCCAAUAUGAGGAAGCUUAAAGACCUAUCUCCCCUAGAAUGCUCGUCAGACGUAAUACAUUAUUAAAUGUUGUAGAGAGGCAGGGAGUAUGGAGUUAUACCCCCAACAAUUGAAAUGGACAAAAAAAGGACAAUUUAAUUUUAGGCGUAUCCAUUCUCAGAAAUUUUAAAUGACUUACUAAUAACAAUUUAUGCCACUAAAAUUUAAUUUAGAACAAGAACAAUGUAUCUUAUUUACACAGACUGAUUUCUAAACACAUCCAAUGUAGGUUAAAGGAACACUAUUUACAAAGCCUUAUUCCUAACACUAUAGGUACCUCUGCCCACCCCUCCAUUUUUUCAGUUACCUGAUACAAGCGCUGAUGUCCCUUGGCACUGUGUUGGCUUCCUCCUCCGCCAACAUCAGCCGAUGUGGGAAAACUAAUGUGGAUGUGCAUGCAUUAGGCCUUCCCCAUAGGAAUGCAUCAAUUCAAUGCAAAGCGUGAGGACGUCCAGCAUUGUAUUUUACAUUCCAGGGUUAAGGGAACAGGGACACUGCACCCAGACCACUUCAAUUAGAUGACAUGGUCUGGGUGCCUAUAGUGUCCCUUUAAAGACACAUUACUGUGAGUAUUAUUGCUAUUGAGCACACCAACAAUAUGGAGCUCCUAGAAACUAGUGAAAUUAGGAUAGAAAAGAAGGCAAGAGAUAUUUGAGCACAAAGUACGGAUUGUCCCUCUUAAAUAUGGAUACUUGGAAAGUAUGAUUCAGUACACUGUAGUGCAAUGCAAGGCAACAGAACUAUAUGUCACUCAUAGUGGAUAGGAGCCAACUGUAACUUCGGACCAUUCGAACAUCUACAUUGUGAAAUGUGAUGAUGGAGGAUAUCCUGAAAAUACCACAGCAUCACAGCUGAUGAUUUUGCCCUACUAAAAAUGUAAUUUUACAUUUUUUUGUCCUAUUCACAAUACUAAUUGGAGAGACUUGUUUAAUUUCUGUGUGAUAAAAACUGCACAUUAUUUGGAAAAACAAAAUAAACAAACAGAAAAAGCAUACUGAAAUGUCCUAUAGCAAAUAUUAAAAAGUAUGGUCCAUGGAGAAAAUGUGAAUUUUAUGUUCUACUGCUGUCACCCAAUUAUAGAUUAAUAAAGUACACAUCUCACUUUAUACAGAUUACUGAUGUUCACUUGGUGAAAUUAUAUUUUGAUGAAAAUAUUUUGUCUCCACAUAGGUAGCAUGGCUGUGUAUCACUUUAUAGAGACCUCCAGCCUAUUUGUUAAAGUAUUGGAGACCUCGGCUAAAGACAAUCUUGUUGGCUUUUCAAGCACUAGGAAAGAGUGAGCCAAACUGUAACAGAAAAAUAAAAAAUAAAUAAGUAGAUUGAAAAUCACAAAUUAGCUAACUGAAGUGCUUAUAGUUCAUAGUUACUGAGAUAUUAUAAGCUUACGUUAGGAUAUAAGUUACCAUUGGGUUUGUUGUCAAAUUUCACCUUUAGCUUUUCUUAAUUGAUUUAUGUAAUUAAUUAAUCCAUUUUAUUUACAAACGCUAUGUAUAAAAGGUUCCUAUACCUUUAAAUGCUCAUGUAAAAUUUUUGAUGAUGGUGAAAGAGAGAAAAUAUACUUAAAACAUGAAUUAUGCGUACAUAAUGGUGAUAUGGUAAAUAGAGCACUUAGUCGACAGCUUUACAACCAGAGAAUAUAGUGAAGAGCAUUUAGUUGGUCAGGAAGGAAUAAAUGUCAAUGACGGGAUUGUAAAAACAUGUCAGUCGCACUUGUCUGCUCCUGCACCAUGUUGUGAAGGUAUGCAUUCGUGCCUGCUGUGUGUAUGGUCAUGGAGCUCAUAUAACGUUCCUAAAAUUAUUUCAUAUUUUUUUGUUCCCCAAAGAGGAAUAUAACUGGAUCUAAUUAUGUUUUAAAAAUAUAUUUCUUGAGAAUUGUUUUCUUUUUUUCUUUUUGGAGUGUGUAUAUUUAUCUAGCAAACUGGAUCUGCAGUUAAGCAAAAUUGUCCAACAGUUGUAUUUUUGACUAGCAAUAUAGAAAUCUGCAACUUUAAGUAACGUGGCCUACAGGGUUAUAAACUAAAGCAAAAGUUGUCAGACAUUCAAAGUGAUCUUCAAAUUUAAAGGGGCAAUCCAUUGCCCAAAUACAAUAAAUAAAUAUGAAAAUCUGCAUUCACUGAAUUAUUUUUUUUCCCAUUGGGGACAAAUAUAAAAAACAGCUUGCAAAAGCUGUAGAUGUCAUCUGCAGCCUUUGCAACGCCUCCACUUCUUCUCCUGUCUAGACUUUCUGUGGCUGUUCAAUCACAGACUUCCCAAUGCAGCUCAAUGACAAGUCUUUGCGAGGCUGGUGCUCUGGGCAAUUGCUGCCCCUUGAGUUUAGCUCCACAGAGCUUACCAAACCAUGAAGUAACAGGACCUGUUAUCUGAUUGACAGACGGGGUGGGGGUGUACAAGGUUCCUUUAUAAAGGUGUCAAUUUGUACUAAAAUCUGUGCUUUUUGUAACAUGAAAAAAAGAGGACACACUCUUUACACGUUAAGCACUUAAAGGACCACUAUAGGCACCCAGACCACUUCAGCUUAAUGAAGUGGUCUGGGUGCCUGGUCCAGCUAGGUUUAACUCUUUUUUCUAUAAACAUAGCAGUUUCAGAGAAACUGCUAUGUUUAUGUUAGGGUUAAUCCAGCCUCUAGUGGCUGUCUCAUUGACAGCCGCUAGUGGCGCUUGCGUGCUUCUCACUGUGAAAAUCACAGUGAGAAGAUGCCAGCGUCCAUAGGAAAGCAUUGUGAAUGCUUUCCUAUGAGACUGGCUGAAUGCUUGCGCAGCUCUUGCCGCGCAUGCGCAUUCAGCCGAGGAGGAGGAAAGGAGGCGGAGAGGAAGAGGAGAGUUCCCCGCCCGGCGCUGGAGAAAGAGGUAAGUUUAACCCCUUCCUCCCCCUAGAACCCGGCGGGAGGGGGACCCUGAGGGUGGGUGGACCCUCAGGGCACUAUAGUGCCAGGAAAACAAGUAUGUUUUCCUGGCACUAUAGUGGUCCUUUAAGCUAAUGCUUUAGGGUUCUGGAGUGUCUCUCUAAGGCCAAUAUAGCUGAACUAGAAUCAUAACUUACUUGGAACAUGUUUCUAGUUUAGUUUUUAUGUUUUUAAAGUUGAAAUUCAUUUUGAGUCCUAGCAACUCUCGGUUUAGUGAAUAGCCCUGCUAGACUGAUACCUUUGCAAUUUAAAAUCAUAGUUCCAAUUGUCCUACUACCCAACAACUUACCCCUGUGUUGUGAAUGGUAGGUUAACUUAGCAGGUUGAAUUAGUAUUGAAAUCAGAGGUGCUGUAAACCCUCUACACUUUGGGAGGACCUGCUCAAUGGCUAAUCUCACACAUCUGAUGUGUAGAAGAACUGUGUUAAUGUUGUAGAUAUGCAGGGAUCUUAGUUAAGAUUAUUGUUUAUUUAAACUACAGGUUAUUUGAUGUUCUAAUUUAUUUUCUUCUGUCUCUCUUUUCAGGACACCCAAGUCCCCCUCCGUGUACCUUGAGGAAGCACAAAAAUAAUAGGAAACCAAGGACCCCCUUCACUACAUCUCAACUGUUGGCUCUGGAGAGAAAGUUUAGACAGAAGCAGUAUCUGUCAAUAGCUGAGAGAGCAGAGUUCUCCAGUUCUCUGAACCUCACAGAGACCCAAGUCAAGAUUUGGUUUCAGAACAGAAGAGCCAAAGCAAAGAGGCUACAGGAGGCCGAACUAGAGAAGCUGAAACUGGCUGCUAAACCCUUGCUGCCUUCAUUUGCACUUCCGUUCCCUCUAAGUGCCCAACUGGGAUCUACAUCGUAUGGCCCACACAACUCUUUCCAGAGACCAGGCCUGCCCAUGCCAGGACUCUUUACAACACCGGUCACAUAUGGGAUGUAUUAUUUGUCAUAAAGUCAGAAAACAGACUGUGCACUACAUGAAUCUUCAGAGGAGAGUAAGGUGGAACAUCAGCUUACCACCUGGACUCACAACACAUCCAGUGCAUAGACCUCCAAACAGUGGUGCCUUCUUAUUAUUGCAAAUAUGUGGCACAGGAUUGUUAAUAAACAUCUCCAGAAAUGUUCUGCAAUGUAAAUAUCUUGGUUCAGUAUUGGGAGGGUGGAUUGGGAGGUUCUAGAGUACUAAAAUAAUAAAAUUUUACAUUAAUCACUAGAGCACUGAAAAAAGCCCCAUAUUUUUGGUAUGUUGUUUUGGCAUAUUUUAAAACAGUACUGAAAUUGUGAGGAUAUUUAAUUAUAUAUUUACAUUUACAUUUACCUUGCUUUUCAUUUGCGUUUAAGGUUUAACAAUGACCAGAUGUGAUCAAAUAUCUUCCUGGGAACUUUUUUUGAGUUGUCCAGAGAUCCCCCUGGGCAAAGGCACUUCUUGGGAAAAAUGGGCACAGUCAACUGCAACAGGGUAUGGAAGAGUCUGAAAAGAGGGUGGUAUUGUAUGGUCAUGACAGAGUGAAGGAACACUCAGACCACAUACAAGUUCAUCUCUAUAAAGUUGUUAUAGUGAAAGGAGUACCUGGGCACCAUUUACCUUUGUUGGUUAAAACAUGUUCAAAUGGUUUAAUGCCCAAGUUGAUGUUUGGUGCCGUAGAGCUCUGUCUUUUCUGUCCUACCUACAGCCAAAAUUUUCGCUUGGCAGGAAGGUGAUAGACUAAGAGUGUCAGCUGACACUCUAAGUUUAUCACUAGACCUUCCUGGACUGUAUUGUGGCCAGAGGAGGAAACAGGAAGCAGAGAGGACCAGUGCCUGGAGAUCAAUUUAAAGAUUUGUUGGAUUAUGGUUUACCCCGAACAUAAAACAGUACUUAGUGACUCCAACCUGUGUAGCAAUCUAAUUGAGAUAUCAGGCGAGAGUGUUUCUUUAAAUGUCACUCUUUCCCUUCCAUAACAGUAGAAUUUGACCUGAUCUAUAGAUGUCAGAACCAUAGCUCCUCAUCAAUUCCUAAUAAUUCUGAAAUGAGACAUUAUCAGGUUGUUUUAUUUCUGUAACUUGAUACAUACAAAAAUCAGGAAGGGGAAAGAAGGUAAUAAUCUUCAUGGCAAAUUUAUAGAUAUAUAUACUUUCCAAACCAAAAUAAUUUGAAGAAAGGUCCCAAUGGCAUUUAAACAGUUUUGCAGCUGUGUGUAUUGAUGUUUUUGUACUCUGUAUCAUGACAUGUCCUAUUUAGCAACCAUGGGGUUAAGACAUCUGUAUCUGCACUGCCUAUAAAUACAAAUCUUUAGGUUAGUUUAAAGAACCAUUACCAUGGUAGGUUUAUAAUGUUAAAGAGUUUUUUUUAUAUAUAUAUAUAUACUGUUAGCAUAACAUAAUAGAUAUAUUAAGGAGCCUUGUGAUCCAGGCUUAGCACACUCAGCUAUGGGUUAUGCUCAUAUCCAGAUGCGGGAGCAACUGCAGGUCAGCAUUUUAGCAACACAACAUCAAGAAAGAUAUGUUACUUUCAUUGUGCUCAUUUGAGAGGCCCACCUAUUUAAAUAUCAGGGAGAGAUUUAUUAAAGAAAAACAGAUUAAAUGCAAAGUCCUAAAUGUGGAGGGACUUUAUGUUGGUUUCCAUGGCGAUUGCUCAUUAUUUAGCUAUUUGCCCCAGAUUAGCACCUUGUUAAAAGACUUGUUUUUCACCAACACCCUCAAAAAGUGACAAGAAAUAGGAACUUGAUUAGUUAUCUAAUAUCAUUUAGUUUUGUACUAUAAAGUACCUUUAUUAAAGAGACACUCCAGACCACUAAAACACUUCAGCUUGCUUAUGUAUUACGUGUGAAGAUUGUGUCCUUUUUCUCAUUUUACAAAGAGUGCAGAUUUCAAUACAAAUUGGCACUUUUACAAGUUAACCUGGCUCUUACGCAGACAACAGGUCUUGUUACUUCCUGGUUUGGUUAGCUCAGUGGAGCUAAACUCAAGAGGCAGCAAUUGCUCAGAACACCUGCCUUGCAAAGACUCUCAUUGAGCUGCAUUGUGAAGUCUGUGAUUGGACAGACACAGAACGUCUGGUCAGGGAUAAAAGAGGAGGGCUUGCAAAGGCAGCAGACAAGAGAUCUGCAGUGUUUACGCUGUGUUUAGAGAUGUCCCCAAUGACAAAAUGCUUAAGUAAAUGGGGUUAUAUCUACUAAAUAGUACUGGGUAUUUUGUGUUUUUAUUUUUAGGCAAUGGAGUUUCCCUUUCAACACAGUACAAUGGUUUCUCGGGAAAGAAACAUUGAACUAAAUGGGCAGUACCACUACAAAAAAAUUAAAUAAAAUAAAUGUGAGCAUGGUUUAUCAAGACAUUUGGGAUAAUCUGCAGCAAAAUGCUAUUUAGCCAUUCACAAAAACUAAUUUUACUGGACGUCGUCUAGAGUAAAUAUGAAAUAAAUACCUUUCCAAAAACAUUUAUGACUUCUUCACCUGGUUUAUUAUUUCUAUAAAAUCACUAAUGUAAAACUGGUGGCGGCUGGUGAAGUUUUAAGAUGCUGGGGCGCCUUACUCCUCCCCCAGAAUUCUGCUCCUCCCUAUACAGUACAUAUAUACUCAUACAAUUCAGAGAUGCUCAUACAAUAGAACAAGCUAGACACAAUACAAAGAUAUCUGUAAAAUACAUAGAGCUGA